AUGAAUCGUUAUCGACAUUUCGAUAAUGAAUUCGAUUCAAAUAAUACAAAUUCACCAGCUAUUUUACCUGAAAUUGAAGUCGAUGAACCAUUUCAAUUAGAAUUCAGUCCACACCUUCAACCUUAUCCAUCGAAUUAUGAUAACUUUAAAAUUUUCUUCUUACACCGAACAGCACUCGAACGCUUUCUAUUUUAUUUGAUAAUUUUUCUUUUAAUUAUUUUAUUUGUUAUAAUUAUUAUUUGCCUUUCUUACUCCAAAGAAAAAGAAAAAUCAUUCAAUGCCAUAUGUUUAACACCAUCAUGUAUUGAAGUAUCAUAUUCAAUUGCGUCUGGUAUCAAUCAAUCCGUUGAUCCAUGUGAAGAUUUUCAUCAAUUUGUAUGUGGCAAUUGGAUAAGAAAAAAUAUCAUUCCAAAAGGCCAUUCAUCAUGGUCAAUACCAAACGAAUUAGGAAAAAAAAAUAUGAUUAUACUAAAAAACAUUCUUGAACAAACAUCAUCAUCAGUUGAGGCUGAACAGCAAGCGAUUAAAUAUUAUCAAUCGUGUAUGAAUUUAAUAGAACUUGAACGAUUACAACUGCAAACAUUAGAAAUGUUUUUUCAAAAUACUUUAAAUUUUACAUUAAAACAGUGGAUUAAUUUAGAUAAAAAUCAAACAUGGCAACAAACUUUUAUUUAUUUCCUAAAACUAUUUUCAAAUCAAUAUGGAUUUUUAAGCAUAUUUCCAAUUCGAAUUGAUUCCGAUGAAAAAAAUUCAACAUGGAAUAAUAUUUAUAUUGAUCAACCUGAACUAAUUCUUGGAACGCGAGAUUAUUAUAUUCAAUCAACAACAAAUAAUCAAUCAAAUGAAAGAAAUAGAAUUAUUCGAGAAACACUCAGUAAAGUUGGUUCCGAAAUAUUACAAUUACUUGGUUUUGAAAAAAAUGAUUCUAUAAAACGAAUGAAUGAUAUUAUUCAAUUCGAAACGGAGCUUGCAUUAGUUAAUUUACCGAUGGAAGCGUUACAAAAACCAAAUGAAACAUAUCAUUUAAUGCCUUUAAAACAACUUCAAGAAUAUUAUAAAUCUAUUGAACUUGAUAUUUAUUCAUUUUUUAAUGAUAUACUCAAUACAAGUUCAAUAAAAUUUAACGGAAACGAUCAAGUAAUUGUUUUAUCAUUUGAAUUGAUGUUCAAUAUAUCGAAUAUUUUAACAAAUUAUUUAUUAGCAUCAACUAAAAGUUAUGUUGUUAUUGAUCAUUUACUAUUUUCAUUUGUAUUCAAUAAAAUUUUACAUUUAUCAUCGUCAUUUGAAAAAGCGAUGAUACCAUUAAAAAAAGCGCUCUAUGGAGUCGAUUCAUCAGUCGAACGAUGGGAAUAUUGUAUAAAAAAAACGGACGGCGCAUUUGGAUUUGCACUUAGUGCUCUUUAUCUUAGAGCUGCAUUCGACGAAGAUGAUCGAUCAAAAGCGAAUGAGUUAGUAGAAAAUAUUCGUUUAAGUUUCGAAGAAAAUCUCGAUAAACUUCAAUGGAUUGAUGAGCCAACAAAAAAUGAAGCUAAGAAAAAAUUGAAAAAAAUUAAUCAAAAAAUUGGUUAUCCAGAUUUCAUAAAAAACCAGACUCACUUAAAUGAACGUUAUGGUGGUUAUACAAUCAUUGAAAAUGAAUAUUUUAAUAAUGAAAUUAAAGUAUCCAUGCGAGAACAACGACGAACAAUUUUAAAAUAUCGACAAAAAGUCGAUGCUAGCGAAUGGCGUAUGACACCACGAAUGGUCAACGCUUAUUAUAAUCCACCAGCAAAUGAAAUAGUUUUUCCAGCUGGUAUUCUCCAACCGCCAUUCUUUCAUAAAGAUCUACCAUUGGCAAUUAAUUAUGGGGCAAUCGGUUCAGUUAUUGGCCAUGAAAUAACUCAUGGUUUUGACAAUCAAGGACGAGAAUUCGAUGCUGAUGGAAAUAUGAUUUCGUGGUGGACAAAUUCUGCUGUGAACAAUUUUGAAGAAAAAACAAAAUGCUUCGUUCAACAAUAUUCAAAUUUUACAAUUGAUGGACAAAAUAUAAAUGGCCAAAGAACAUUAGGUGAAAAUAUUGCCGAUAAUGGUGGUUUAAAAUUAUCCUAUUUUGCUUAUCAAAAUCACAAAAAUGGUAAUUCAAGUGCUAGUAACGAUCUUCGUCUUCCUGGUUUAGACUAUAAAAAUGAUCAAUUAUAUUUUAUUGCUUUUGCUCAUGCAUGGUGUAAUAUUCAAACUUCUAAUUCUCUUCAUGAUGAUUUAACAACUGAUCCACAUUCACCAUCGCGUUGCCGUGUAAUUGGAACAGUACAAAAUAGUGACGAGUUUACAAAAGCAUUUUCAUGUAAAUCAAGAGCAACAAUGAAUCCAAGUAACAAAUGUCAAUUAUGGUAG